CUCAAUAUAAUUCAGAUAUCCUUAGCUUUCAUUUGCCACACUCAUAUUCCUGGAUUCCAUGUGGGAAACUCCCACUCUAAGCUAGUUAAUAAUAACCGUUUCAUUGGGAGUAUAUAAUAACUGCCACACCACCCAAACCCAAGAAGAAAAAGAAAACAAUAACAACAGCACACAAAAUGAUGAAUAUGAGGAAAAUAUUCUUGACACUAUUAUUGCUAUCAUCAAUCUUCACAAUUGCAGCAUCAAGAAAGAGAUCAUCAUCUCAUCAAAAAUCAAACGUGGAUUGGUGGUGCAACCGAACACCACACCCUGCACCAUGCAAGUACUACAUGAGGCAAAGCCACUACAACCAUUAUCACAGGUUCAAGCACAGAACCGAGUUCCGUUCCGUUCUACUCAACGUGGCUCUAGACAAAGCACUCUUCAUGCAAAAACAAGCACACUCUUUGCCAAUCCAGAACACCACUAUAAAGCAGAAAACCGUGUUCGGCGAUUGCUUGAAGCUCUACGACAACACCGUCUUCCACCUCAACCGCACCAUUCAAGGCCUCAAAUACCAUCAAACAAGAAACUGUACGGCUUUCGACGCACAAACAUGGCUCAGCACUGCACUCACCAACAUCGAAACCUGCAAGAAAUGGGCCAAUGCAAUGAAGAUCUCGGCCCUCACUGAUCCGAGUUCAUGCCCCAGCAUCAACGUGUCUGAGAUUAUAAGCAACACUCUGGCUGUGAAUUCAGUGUUCUUGAAAUAUCAGAGAGAUCAUUUAACGGAGGACUACACGGAGGACGCGUUUCCGAGUUGGUUUUCGGUGACGGACAGAAGGCUGCUGCAGGAUUCAGGCGUGAAGGCUAACCUUGUGGUGGCCAAAGACGGUUCGGGACACUUUAGGAGCGUGCAGGCGGCGAUUGAUGCGGCGGCGAAGCGGAGGUUGAAGACGAGGUUCGUGAUUCACGUGAAGAGAGGGGUUUAUAGAGAGAAUAUUGAGGUUGAUAAGACGAACGAUAAUAUCAUGCUGGUUGGUGAUGGCACGAGAAAUACCAUUAUUGCCAGUGGAAGAAGCGUUCAACAAGGCUAUACCACCUAUAGCUCCGCCACUGCAGGAAUUGAUGGACUUCACUUCAUUGCACGUGACAUCACCUUCAUGAACACGGCGGGCCCACUCAAGGGCCAAGCCGUGGCGCUCCGAUCCGCCUCCGAUCUCUCCGUCUUCUACCGCUGCUCCAUAAUUGGAUACCAAGACACCCUCAUGGCUCACGCCCAGCGACAAUUCUACCGAGCUUGUUACAUCUACGGCACAGUUGACUUCAUCUUUGGCAACGCCGCCGUUGUUUUCCAAAACUGCGUCAUCCUCGCAAGAAAGCCCAAUAAUGGCCAGGCCAACAUGAUCACGGCCCAAGGUCGCGGCGACCCAUUCCAAAACACAGGUAUCUCAUUCCACAAUUGUCAGAUACGGGCCGCACCCGACCUCAAGCCCCUUGUCAACCAAUAUAAGACAUUCUUGGGCCGGCCCUGGCAGCAAUACUCAAGAGUUGUCGUUAUGAAAAGUUACAUAGAUAGCUUGGUAAGCCCAACGGGCUGGUCUCCAUGGGGCAACACUAAUUUUGCUCAGAGUACGUUGUUCUACGGAGAAUAUAAGAAUUUUGGGCCUGGAUCUUCUACAAAGAACAGGGUUCGGUGGCCUGGUUAUCAUGUUUUGACAAGCCCGGCCCAGGCUUCACCCUUUACGGUUAAUAGCCUCCUUGCUGGCGGCACGUGGUUACCGGCUACUGGCGUGCCAUUUACGUCUGGCCUUUGAUUCAUUUUUAGUCAUAUGAUACGAUUUCAUGUUAUUAUAUCACAUUGUUUCGAAUUAAUUAAGUUGUAACACAAUAUUCUUUUGUACA